AUGCUUCGCAUCCCUCAGUAUGGUAGGCCGAACGUCGCGGAGUACCCCGGACACCUCCGUGGGCCACCACGUUUGCCUACUUUUUACGAAUCAGCCAUCACACCAUUGGAAACCGGAAUCACUCGUGGGUCGACUUUUUUUCGGUCAUCCCCUGACCCUCAUGUUCGGUAUUUUUGUCAAGUAAAAUUUCAAUUCAGUAUCAUAGUAUUUUCUCAUUAUUUUUCUAAUUUUCUGCUGGCGGGAGUGUCAUACUCCCCAGAACCUCCCGGUCCCAUGACCAUCGGUGGCGCGCGACCCAGCUUCCUCUUCACUCAUCGGUACCCGUGUAAGCACAUCACCCUCGAAUCUCCCUCUGGCCUCCGCCAGCCCGUCAGUUCUGACCAUCUCCCUGACAACGAUCUCAAGCAACCUGCGAGCCACCUACCGUCGCGAAUACGCGAUGUCUUCUUCCGUUUUGUGUUCUAUUCGCUCCAAGACAAAAACACGACUCUGCUCAAUGCCGUUUCUUCAUUGAUGGACAUUGCUACGCCAUUAGGUGCCCCCGAGUUUGCCUUUAAUCGGGCGUGGACGGAUGAUAAUGCCAGCAGAUCGAGUUGCCGGAAUUUGCCAUAUCUCGUAGUUCUAACAAUGAGAGUUAUUUGGUCUUUCGAACUACACAUCCUAGUCACUGAUCCAAAACUUCGACAGAUUGUGCCCAUUAGUACCAGUUAUUGCUCGAAGUACUUUCACAAUCAACUACGCAACCACCGAUCAGAACACGGUCUCAAGAAGGGAAAACGAGAAGGAAGGAUGAAGAUCAGGAACAACCCAAAGUACGUGUUGAACAUAGCACUAACAGAAAAACAUGGGUUGCACGUGACCGCGCCGUUGCUCGUUAACGGAGUCGCUGUUGAGUGUUCUGGCUAG